AUGGCUCUUAAGACUAUUGUUGUUGUAUCUUUGGUGUUUUUCAUUUAUACAAUUGAAAGUGUUGCUGGAAGAAAACUUUUGGGAGAGGAGAAGACAACCAUUAGAUAUGGGGAGGGGUUAAGCAAAAUUAGAGGAAGUAUUGGAUGUGAAGUUGGAGAAGGAACUUGUGGUGAGAUUAGAGGGAAAAAUGUGAUGGAUGGUGAUAUUGAAGGAAACAGAGGGUUAGAUGAUGUCAACAGAAGGCAAGGAGGCUUUAAUUUUGAUAUAAUUUUUGGACCUCGAACAAUAAAUGAAACCAACUUUGCAGAAAUGUCUCUUGCUGGAGACUCAAAUGGUAACGGAGCAAUAACCGCCGGGGGAUCUAUAACUGGAGAUGGAACAGGAGCUGGAGCUGGAGCUGCAGCAGGAGCUGGAGUUGGAGCUGGUGGACCUGGAGCCUUAGCUGGACUUGGAGCUGGUACCGGAGCUGGAGCCGGAGCCGGAGCUAGAGAUGGAACUGCAAAUGGAAAUGGAGCUGGAGCUGGAGCUGGAACUGGAGCUGGAGCUGGAGCUGGAGGAGGGGCCGGAGCUGGAGCCGGAGCUGGAGCCGGAGCUGGAGCCGGAACUGGAACUCCUCCCUACACAGCACCUUCUCCUGGAGCUGCACCUCCUCCUGCAUAUGGAUAUAUGGCUACUGCCGAUUAUACAUCCAUUUUUGGAUUUUUCAAUCGUGGUGGGUGGUAA